AUGGGCUUCCGCAUGGCCGUGAACCUGCGCAAAAAGAUGCCCUCCGCAGCAACGCUCUACAUCCACGACAUCGUCCCUGCCGCAUGCCACCGCUUCGCGACCGAAAACAGCCACAAUGGACCGAUAGUCGUUGCGAGCUCCGCCGCAGAAGUCGCCGCGAAGUGCCGCACCUUGCUCACCAUCGUGCCCACGAGUCAAAAUGUCCAGCAGGUGUACCUGGACCCCGUCACCGGGGUUGUUGCGGCGCCGCCCAAUGCGGCACGGUUGAUGCUCGAGUGUAGCACCAUUGAGAUUGCGGCGACGAGGGAGAUUGGUGAGAGGGUGAUGAAGAGUGGCGCGGGGGUGUACGUUGAUACCCCAGUGUCGGGCGGCGCCCGCGGCGCAGAGGAGGGGACGAUUGCGUUCCUUGUUGGACACCCAGGGCCGAAUCCUGAUCUUGCCCUGCCAGCCACUGACACCGAGAGCAAGGGUAACAGCGGUGACGGUGGCCACGACAUCCCCCGCCGCAUCAAAGAUACAGUAGGCUACAUGGGCUUGGCCUCGCGUGUGAACUUCUGCGGCUCCCUAGGGUCCGGGCUGGUGGGCAAGAUUGUGAACAACUACAUCUCUAUUAACAAUGUGCUCUCGCUGGCCGAGGGGAUGGCCUUUGGGAUCCGGCACGGGGUCGACAAGAUGGCGCUGUACAACUGCGUCAAGGCGUCGAGCGGGGACUCGUGGGUGCUCGAGAACAAGAACUCGGUCCCUGGUGUGAUUGCGCGGUCACCGGCCAGCAAUGGGUUCCUGGCAACGUUCCCGGCGCGCAUGGUUGUUAAGGAUCUGAGCUUGGGGAUUCAGGCUGCGCAGGCUGUGGGGAUUGAUCCAAGCAUGGGCAGGAAUGCGCUGGUGAGGUUUCAGGAGGCGGAUGAGGAUCUCAGGACUACGAAUCUUGAUUGUACGUCGGUCUGGUUGCAUCUGAACAACAUGGUGGACGAGUGGUUGACGGAGAGUGCGCAGAAGUAA